AUGGAGGCUCACUUGCAGCAAGUGGUCUCGCUCCUCGCUCAGCACUUUGGCAAUCAGAAGGCUGUGAUCAAGCAGUUGAUCAUGAUGACCUGCAUGGAUCUGUUCCAGAACAUUAACCCGAAAACCGUUGUUGGCGCGCUUUGCGUAUAUCUGGAGAACCGUAAUUCAAGAGUUAGGGAAGAGGUAGUGAACAUCUUGACGUCGGCCUUGAUGACCACCUCUUCAUCGAAAAUCAACUUCACUGCCGUCGUCAACAUGCUCGUUCCACUACUACUCGAUCCCAAAAGAAGAGUU